AUGGCAGAUCCGUCUAUAUCCGGCGAGCGGACUGCAGCUGCAUCUGGCACCAAUACAGAACCGAUGUUCGCUCUAGCGGCUGAAUUCGAGCAGUCAGCAGAGGAGGAGACCCGGGAAAUGGACAUAUCCUCCCUUCGAACACGAGGUGCCGUGAGCAACAGCCCCUUUUUAGCAAUGAUGAAGAACAAGGAGGGACUCGUGGGAAGGGGGCCAGCUGUGAAUGACACUCCUCAUGGUCCAACAAGUGUCAAUUUGGCCAAAAGACAGGAGGGAAAGGAUAGGAAUCGUGAUCACACCGCGAAUCUGAAUAUUUCGCCAAACAGCGGAUCAAUGUCCGGUCAACACCGCUCAUUGCCCGCCGAGGAAAAUGAAAAUCUAACCAAUGGUUCAUCGACAGGCUGCUCUACCUCUCCCGCCGAAGCUGCAGCCGAACCUCAUGUAAACCGGGACACCUCCACAGGGCAAAUCGUACAACCAACGCAACCAGUGGUCCCUCCCGAGCAAGGACAUUCUCUCGCCCCAUCGGACUCCACCUCAAAAGCCACUGAGACAAACACUGACCAACACGCUGCAGACAACUUAAACAACCAUCCAUGCGACAGCGGAUCUAUUUCGUUCAAACAAAAUCCUUUCCUUUUAGCGGAUCGGGCAGGUAAGAGCAAUACUCUCCCAUCAAAGAUCAAGGGCUCGCUUCAAGCCCAGCUUGCUAGACAAUUCAAUGCACCGAACGGCACAGUAUCCAACGAAUCUAACGAAUCUCUCACCUCUCUGCCAAAGCUGGCCAUGGCUUGGUCUCAGAAGCGAUCAUUACCAAGUAUGGAUAUGUGGAAGUCGACCGAUGCCUCCAAUCAUGUCAUUCCAAAAGGCCCUGUUGCUGAUACGCGCUCAGGCAAAUCAAAACUGGAUACUUCAACCACAAACAGCGACAAAUGCAAGGGGGAAGACAAGGCUGAGAUCCUUAACCAAAAUGCAACCGUCAAGCAAAUAGGGGAGCAGAAGAGUGAAGGAAUAUCGAUGAAAUUUCACGGCUUUUGGCCAAUCCGGAAGGGGUCACCAGAUAAGCGCAAAUCGCAAUCAGGUCAAGUAACUUCCUCAAAGUGCGAGGUGGGUGGCAAAACGCCCAGUGGGAGCACACUAACAGAAACUGGACAAACACCUGCAUCAACGGGCAAUGGCGUCCCAGCGUACACAGUUGAGGACAAAGUCCCUGACAUCACUGAGAAUUCAUCAUCGGAAAGAUUUGGCCAGCGCUUAUCAGCUACCUCCCCGGAAGGUUUGAAAGUGAAUCCUGCCAAUACGAUACCGACAAUAGAAAGAGAGCAAGACAUUGUAGAGUCUAUACCCGUAGCGUCCACCGCUACUGCAAUAUGCGGCCACAUGCUUGGAGCGGCCAAAGUAGAUCCAUUGCCGUCAAACGCUGUAGAAUUACCGCUUGAGAGUGGGACAGAGCAGAAUUUGGCAAACGAAUCUUCAAUAACCAAAGACAACAAUGAUCAAUGUCUCGACCAACAUUCCGCUGCACCCUUGCAUUCUGCACACAUUACCCCUACCGAGCCGGUUCUUCAAGUACCAGAACCCGAUACUUCCAAUACAGAGCAUGUCUCGACAAAAGUGGAUGAAAAGGAAGAGCCCAAGAUCGUUCUGGGAAGCAAACCACCUACGACGACGGAAGAAGAGGAACCGCGGAUUCCUUCAUCGGCCGCCAAUAACAUGAAAAAUCGCAUAAAAAGAAUAUGGAGCCCAACCAAGUUGCAGAUCCCCUCCGUGUCACUUGGCUCUUUCUUUGAGGAUUCUGACUGGUUAUCCUCAUUCAUGGGCUCCCAUUCGAAAUCGUCCAAAACGUCUACCGUGGAGGACUCUGCACAGGCGCAAUCGACCGCCUCUCUUGAAUCUGUAGCUGUUGACGUAGCUACAGCAGCAGAGGUGGAGACGCAUGAGAAGGGAGCAAAAGUGAAAACUAAAGGAUCACCACGGACAGGUUCAUCACCCUGUCGGCGGGACAGUCUUGGCCAAUUGACAGUCUUCACGCACCGCGACUCAGAAGAUAGCACUCUGUCCCUCGUCGACUCAAUCGACGAAGGUUUCGAGGAAGACAUCGAGUACGCAACAUUAGCACCUCCAGCAAAGCUCCCGAGGGAAGAUAGCUUGGCAUCUAUUGUAGACGAUAUCAUUGGCAGCAAGAUGAAGACUGUAAAAAAGCAUAACGGAAAGAGAAAAACAGUGCGGUUCGGGCGGGCCUGGAAAGGGGAACUUGAAACAAAACGAAUACUGUACAGCACGUCCGAAAUGCUCAUCCCUGCAUCCGAAUGGCCAAAGGGCAGAACUGGUAUACUGUAUCUGAAAAUAUGUCGGAUGCAAGACAUGGUAUUUAAUACGGAUCAUGACAUUGAUGUUACCAUCAAUAUCCGACAACAAAAAGCCGAGCGAGAAUACGAGUUGGAAACGGACGCAACAUUGCGAAGCGGGGAAAACCACGUCAUCCUUGACUUUGAGUGUGAAAUUCCCCUUCUGCCAAAGCACUCUCUCUCAUUCGUAUUCUACUUCAAAUCCCGAUUGAAUGCUGACGACCUCUCUGUGACGGCACCAUCCACCAAUAGACACCACGCACGCCUCGAUUCACAACCACAACGCAAAUCCAAACGUCUUACCAAACUAUUCCGCGGCCGAAAGCAAGGAGACAUGACUCUACCCAAAACCCGACCGCCAAUCUCUACUCAUCAUUCCACAUCAGAAGUGCUGGACGCCAACAGUAACCGAAACCUUCCCGUUUCAACGUCCAGAUCAUCUUCUCUAUCAUCCUUCACCCACCAGUUUUCCGCAGAUACCCCAGCGCCCCAUAAGGCCGGCGACACAUGGAACUUUUUGCCUGGCUCCCUCCUAGUAGCCGAAACAGAGCUAUCAGAAUCGGAUUGGGGAAAUCUCCUUGAGGAAGCAACCGGCAAAAUAAGGGAGCGUGUUUUUGAUGCGCACGUCCUCCAGUGGAGAGGUGCACUCGUUCAUGGGGACUUGGUGGGGAAGAUUGCCUGUCGCAUGGGUUAUCUACCGUUUAUGAAUGACGUUGAGCUUUCGCUUCUGCCACAGACGUGGGAUGAAUACGAUUUAUCCGUCAGAGUACAAGAAUGGAACGACGCAUUAUCGAUGGAGGGACACCUGUGGCAGCUCGGAGGUGACGUUCAAAAGAAAUACCGCCGAAGAUAUUACCGUUUGAUUGGUGCCAAACUGCAUGUGUACCAACCCGCCGCCUCACCGACCAUCAUUCACACCCCUUGGGAUACCCAUGACCUCCACCAUGAAACCCAUCUCCCACCCCCACUGACACAAACCCACGAAGCUCAUCUCUUCACGAUAGAACUAAAAAACAUUGAAACAUGGCACAGCUACACGAGGAACGCUCACUGUCGAACCGCCUCCACAACUUCCUCAUGGUCGGUAUCCAUGGCUGAAAGGCAAGAUAAUGAUGCAGAAGACGAUCUGGACGAUUUGCCAGACCCAUCUGCAGCAUUUAUUCUAUCAUUCAAGGACGGUCGAGAGAUGGUAUUCGGGGUGGACCCAGAGGAAGUGAACGUAUAUCAAAAGGAGGCCGAUAUAUUUGCAAAGCUAACUGGAAUAGAUCCAAGAGAAACUGGAUUGAUGGGAGAAUGGAGGGCAGUGGAUUUGACGGACAUGUGGAAACAAGCUUUGAACGAGGUGCUGAACGGCGUAAAAUAUGAGAUCCCCGUUUGGACAGAUGCUUUAAAGAGAUGGCGGGAGGAACAUCAGGCGUCUGCCCUUCAAUAGAUGUAGAACAUCUUGAGUCAAGUUCCAGUGAAACGUCCAACAAAAAGAAUCAAUUACUGGCUUCCGUGGAAAGUCUUCGUUACCUGCUACAGUAUGCCUUCACGUACAUGUCACGCAUCAUAUAAUCCAAACAUAAACUCUCGC